AUGAAUUUAGAAGAAAAAGCUGUUAAAAAAGAUAAUAUAACAUAUGAUUCAAAAAAAUUAAAAUUUUUAGAAGGAAAAACUCAACAAAAGUUAUUUUUUUUUAAAAAAGAAAUUAUUAGAGCUUUAAAAAGGGUAAAAAGAUUUGAAUUUCAGAAGACAUCAAAAAGAAUAAGAAAUAUGAGAUCUAUAAAUGAUGAAACAUCCUUACAUAGAUUAGAAGAAGAAUUAUUGAUAAUAAAAAAUCUUGAUUUAAAUCCAAUUGGAGACUUUUUACUUUAUAUACGUUGUUUAAAAGAAUCUGAAUUGUUUCAAAUUUUGAAUUUAAAAGAAGUUGAUUCUCCAUUAAAAAAUGUCUCUGAAUGCAUUAAAAAUGUGAUUACAAGGGUCUUUAAUUCAAAUAUUGUUAAACGUUGCAUAGAAAGAACUAUUUUUUCAUUAAAAAGAAUAGCAAAAAUUCAAGAUGAAACAAUGAAAUUAAAAAAACUUAAAAAAAAUAAAGAAAAUUUUAUUGACAAAGAAUCUUCUGCAAUAUCUGAUCAAUCAAAAGAACAAACCGUUAACUCUGGACUUUUGAAUAAAAAAAAAAAGGAUAAAAACACACUCAUUCCAAAGAAAAAAUCGAAAUUUAAAAACAAUAACCAUAUUUCUUUAUCAAAAUCUAAAGAAAAUCAAGAAAAACUUGAAAAAAAGCUCAAAAGUAUGUCUGGUUCUGUUUUUCUACCUACUCUUUCAGCAGGUUAUAUUUCGGGUACUGAUGAUGAAAGUAAUAUUGAAUCUGAAUAUCAAGCUAUUGAUAAACCUAGAAGGAAUAGAAGAGGUCAAAGAGCUAGACGUAAAAUAUGGGAAAAGAAAUAUGGAAAAAAUGCAAGACAUAUACAGGCCAUGAAUUUACAGACUCAACAGAGAAUACAAUCUUUGAAAAAAAAGGCUAAAACACCACAUAACACUAAAAACAUUGAUUUAAAUGAUAAAAGAAAUGAAAAGAUCACACCAUUGCAUUCAUCAUGGGAAGCUGCCCGCCGUUUGAAAAGUAAACAAUCUAUUAACAUAAAAUUUGAAGGAACAAAAACUAAAUUUGAAUAA